AUUUCUGUUCACAGCAGGAGACAUCAAAGGUUUAUUAAAAUCAUUCUCUCUCUUUUAUCCCAUGUGACUGCUGUAUAGUAGGGAUAAUUAUUUUGGGCCUAGCUCUGCCACCCUUGCGUGUAUUGAACACUUCCCUUGCUCCUCAAGUAGUCCCAGUAAACUCAGGGGGACUGCUUGCAGAGUGCUGUUCGACUCAGUGGAAUUAAGGGUGGCAGCUUCGAGCCCUUUGUAUGCAGUAGUGGUGUGGCAAUUGCUAAUGGAUGGCUGACUGCCCUGAAUGCAUCACGUCUUCCUAAGGUGUGGGUUUCACGUUUCCCAUGCAGGACAGACAACUACCUCCUGUCUCCAGACCUGUGUGGGGAGGGGACAGGGUGGAACUUGCAUCACACCCCGCAUCCCCAUGACCAACCCAGCUGAGGCUCCAAGUACAGUAUUCUCAUGACAAAGAAGCUGUGUGUUGCUAUUUGGGGGUAGUGAAGUGGGUGGAGUUAGAAAGCAGCCAUUUGGCAGGGAAGUAGCCUUGCCCUGUUCUGAGGAGAAUCCCUUUGAAUUUGGCAAGUGAGGAGGCUUUGAGGAUCAGAUUUCACACAGGAUCAGUAGAUGGUUUUAUCAAUAGGCAUGUAACAAGGAUCACCUGAUGUACUAAUGGGAGUUAGCUUUCACAGCACAUACAACAGUAACCAGUAGGUGGUCAAAGCAUCCCUGUUCAGGAAAGCACUUAAGCCCUUGCUGAACUUUACAACUGGGGCUUAAGUACUUUCCUGAAUGAGGCAAAGCUAUUCUGAACCUGCCUGGCCUCAUUCUUUGUCUCCCUUGCUGCACCGUAUAGUGAGGCCAACAUUUUCAUACAUGGGUGCCAACAGCGAGGCACCUGAACCCAGGUUUGUUUAUCAUUAUCAUUCUCUGUAUUACCGUUGCGCCUAGGCGUUCCAGUUGCAGACCAAGACCCCAUGGGGCUGGGUACUGGACAUGCAGCACAAAGAGACAGCCCGGCUGCAAGGAGUUGACAGUCUACGGCAAGAGACAGUAGAUGGGUACAGACAGGGGAGCACAAGGAAACGGAGAGACAGGACUGGUCAGCAGGAUGAACUGGGGUCUCAGCACAACAGCCGGCUGCAUGGGCACCUAAUUCAGCAGCCUGGUUUUCCAGCACCCGUUGACAACAGUCAAAUUCCUUCGAUUAGAUUUGCUUAGACUGUAAAUUCUCUGGGAGCGGGAGCAGUAAUAUCAGAGUUACUCCAAAUACACACUGAAGGGAGAGGACAGUCAGGCCCGGUGUGCACAGGACAGAUGACGUAGGGGAACGAGGCGCUCAGUGAACAGUGAGGGUGAAGAGAAUUUCUUGGAAAGCACUGAUUACAACCAGUGGAUUUAUUUUUAACCAGUGUAAAAAUCCAUUUCCCCCAACGACGAUCACUGAGUAGUUGCCUUCCUCUUUGCUUCUGUUGGAAGAAGUUAUUUAAACAGAAAUGUCUCGCCACUCCCUCGCUCACUGGGCACUGUCUAACCGUGUCCGGGCCGGGAGUGUGCAGUAGCGGAAGCACACGAGCGUUUAAGGAAAGCCCCUCUCUCAGUGCGAGCACACAGUGGAGGCUGUGGGCUUUGCCAUCUCCUGGGCGUCACUGCAAUUGGAAUGCUUUUUGAACACAGGUUUUCUUAGGGAAUCUGAAUGUAUAAAAAGAACCAUUCACACAUUUCAGGCACGUCCACGGGGAUGUUAAGAUAUACGUGGUCUGGCCUUCAGAGGGGCUGAACCCCAGCAGUUCCCAUCGACUUCUGCACCUCAGAAAAGCACUCCUGACGGGGCAGCUAAAAGCAGUUAAAGGCCAAGGAGGGCCCAUUACUUACCCUGACCCCUCACCUUCUGUAAAGGGGGGUUAGGGGCUCCAGCUGCUUUUUCACUAUCUCCAUAUUUACACCGAUGAUGAUUUCAGCAUAGCUGGCAACAUGUGGAAAUUUUAGAUGCAUUCCAGGGGAAUAUGAAAAAUAUUCUUGCUGCAUGUACAUAGGGCCUUUUGGGACACCAGAGCUGCUGAAAAUGUGACACACCCCUCUCCCUGCUUUGACCAGCCUUUGUUCUCUGGCCCUUUUUUCCCUUCCUGUCCUCUUUUCUCAUAGGAAGGGCAGGAUUUGUAAGGGCGUUUCAGAGCAACACAGAACCCCUGCAGGCUAGGAGUGGCAGGCAAAAGAGCAGAUGGGUUUUCCAUCCAGGGACGUUUUUAAAGAUGGGCAGUUGUGUAAAUCAACCAUGUAUCAACUAUCCUGAAAUAUAUCUGCACUUGUUCCGAGUCACUGGCUGCACCACUUCUUCAUUACAGGGUCACCCUGUGUCCCGAAGAUGAAUGUCAUCAUCUCAGUAUAUGUGACAUGCUCCCGGUGUAUAUUUUCCAGUGGGAGAAAUGUGUCAAUCAACAGGAACACACUGGGAAGUUUUUGAGGCCUUCCUAUCCUUGUAUUCCAGUCAGCCAUGAGAUAAUGAGCAUUCUCCGCAGGGCUUCCAUAUCUGCCAUUUCUCUCAUUGUGCAGUCAGUGUAUUCGGAGCAAAAAUAAACCAAUUCAUCAUGGGACUGGAUGCUUCAGGCGACUGGUGGUGAGAGAUGGGACCUUUCACAUCUAAGACACCGUCCAUGGCAGUAGUAGCUGAAAGCUGGUACCUUCUGGUGGGUGCUCAGUAGUCCAUGUGGAAUAAGGCUGUAGUCUCAAUCUAGUUCCUGGUGGAAACUUGUCUGCAUCAUAAAACCAUCACCGUAGUCAGCACAAAUCAACACCUGUGUUGGCAGAUAGUAGAAGGGCUAAGGAACAGAUGGGUAAAGAGGCACCUGUCAUCCCUACAGGCCAGGCCAUGGGCUACCGUAGGGGAAUCUCCACCGCCACUCCUUGUGUUGGACUUGGUCUGUGGAGCGAGGGCGUGAGUCUCCAAGUCCCUCAACCUGGCACAUUUCAUGAAUGCUAAAAACAAACAAAAAAAACCCUGUCCAUCACCCUUGAGCAAAAGACGAAGGGACUGUUUAACAACUCGGUUCAUCUCCAGCAGCUGUUUACAUUGUGGCUGGAUUCAGAAAAACCCCACUCAAAAGCUUUUCCUGUACAGCUGUGGGCAGGAAAUUCUUAUGGAAACUGCAGGGAUCCUGGUACAUUUGGCUGGCUGCAUGAAAAUCUUUGCCUGUUUGCAUCUUAAAUAAGUACAUUUUAAACAAGGAAGUUGCCAGUUCCUGGCUUGCCUGCAGGCUGAAUGCUUCCAUCUGUAAAACUCGCUGAAAGUCACUGAGCAGCAUGAGAAACUUACACAUUUCCACCAGUGCUCAUGGAGGCAUUUCUGCAGGGCACCCUGCCGAGACUUCAGAGCUGAGUCAGAAGGGGCUGUAUCUGAGAUCUGCCCUUAAAGGUCACCAGGAGCAAUGUUUUUCGGUGAUAAGGCCAGCAGUGAGGGGGAUGUGAUCUUAAUCUAGAGAUGCAAAGCAGCCUCACAGAGCCGAUAAUUUAAGAGGCAGGGCACAGAUGUAUAACUGCACAACAGGGGUACUGAGUUCUGGGAAAUAAGUAGAAACCAGUUUUUAAACGUCUCACUUUUUGUUUUGUUAAUUUAAUCUAGGUUUUUGUCCUGUCAAACGUGGUAAGUAAAAUGGCUGCAUUUAUUUUGCCAGGUGGAAAACCAAAUGAAUGCAUCUCAGAAGCCAACUGGAGCCGGUCCUGCGUGUACCAUUUUUGCUGGGUUAGUGGGUUUCCGGGAUCAAUAGAUUUUUAUUGGGUAGUUCCUACGUAAUCGUUAAAUCUUUCCUGACACUCAGAAUGAGCCCGAAACGUGAUAAAGCUCAAGGGGACAUUCAGCCAAGUAGAUCAAUUGUUUGGACGAAUGCUCUUAACCCUCUCAGUCUGAAUAGAGACGGCUUGGUGCCCUGGGUUGGCUUUCCUAACUGCAGCCUUUCAAUUCCAACUUCAGUCGGAUGACAGGUGGAAGCACACCACAGGCCUGUCUACAUACAGGAGUUACGCUGGUUUAUCUAAAGAGGGGUUUUAAACUGAUCAAUUCAUAGGCUAGGGCUUCACUGCCAAAAAGGUGUGUUUCUACCACAAGAGAGCGAGCCCACAUUAGCCGUCUCCCUGCAAAAUCCUCAUGGAGACAAGGCAGAGGCCGAUUCUCUUAAAACCGUUUUUAACAGCCUGUCACAGUGUGACCGGCCCUUUAAGGGAAGAUGAACCCAGCCCCACCUGUCACUGAUCAGCUCGCUGCCUCCUAGAUGAAGCUGUGGGGCUAGGGAUCAGGUGAUCCCCUAGGAGCACCUGGGUCUUAUAAAGGCCAGUGAGCGCUCAGCUGAGCCAGAGAACGGCAGGUAGCAGAUUGUUGAAGCAGAGGAAAGAUUCCUGCUAGUAAGUGAUCCCCAGGCAGAUGACCUUGUGAGCAAGAACUGUAGGUGUCCUGGGGUCCAAGCAAGGACUGGAGGGGCUGAGAGGUGAGGGGAAAAUCUUUGGGCAUUUGAGCCUAUGUGGGGCAGAGGACCUGCUUUAUUGGGUAUUUUGCUUGUGUGUUCAGUUUAACUAGUAAACUGUGCUCUGAGGCAUGGCCUGAUGCAAACUCUGGCACGGCAAUGAUCCUUUGGUUGCUGGUAAGGCUGCUUACGCGGCCCUGUAUGUGAACAAGCUGCUCUGUGCUUUGCAUCGUCCCUGCAUGAGAAGCUGUCUCUGUCAAAGCUCAGCUGUGAGACUGUUUAAUUUGGUGGUCUGCAGUCUCAACUGCUGCUCAUGGAGACAACAUCCUCUCCCUCUAACCUCAAGGAAGUCUCUACAGUGACAAACCAGCAAGCCGGGCUCCCUCCGGCUCAGCCAGCAUAGAAGCAGCAGUGAGAGUUUAAAAGAGGCAUCUCCUGGGUCUUGUGAAAUGCUGAGCCUCCCUUAAGGACAUAUAAAGAGAUGUUGCACCCUGAUUCCACUAAUAGAGACACUCCGUAAAUGGAGCAAUUUAGUAAACGCUUUCCCUCUAAACGAGCUUAGUGGCAGAUCCCUCGGAAGUAUCCAUCACACCAUAGGCCCGCUCUGAUAAGCGACUCUAGAAAUGGCACCAUGGGGCUCUGGGUUUAUUGUCCAUGGUUUCCGUAAUAAAUGUGCUGAGUUGAAAAGUAAGAUUGCUAGCCCUGCCCGCUGAACCUUGCCUGGCAGAGUCAAGCUGGGUUCUUUCCUUCUUGCGCAUCAUCACCAUCACCAAUAAAGAUGCCACCCAAAUUGUCUGCCCUUUGUUACAUCCGUGCACCCCUCCUGCCUUCAAUAAGCAGGCUGGACUUUACUACAUCGCUCUGUGGGUGAUGCAUGAGAUGGGACAGAUUCCAGCUGAGUGGCCGCUGCAGGGAUAAAGUACAACAAUUGCUUAUUUUUGUAGCUGAACUGAGCAGAUCUGACUCUGAGUUCACACAGGGAGCCGGUGUAGGAGGCAAGAAGGAGCCCCAUUUUAAGGCUCCUUUCCCCCUGCUUUAAACCCACCAGUCAAGGCUCUGUUUUAAACAUGCCAUCCUUCCUGUUGGAGGACUGGGCAAAGGAUUCGCUCUGGAGCGUCUCAUUUCUGCGCCUUACUCUGCCAGGGUGCCUGUUGAUGAAUUACAGAAGACGCACCCUUUGCCUCUUAGAUUGCUGUCAGGGUGGUGCCUCCCACAGCUCCCCCAGUUUAUGCUGGCCUGAGGCGUGAGAGCAGAAGCUAGAUUCUGAUCUCCGUUCCCUUGGUUCAGUGUGAAUACAAAGUUCCUUCGUCCGGGUCGUGGAGCGCACUCUGCCCUCACACCAGCGUAACUGGGAUCAGUACAUGCCCCAGGGACCAUGUGGCACAGCCCAGUCUCUAGAGUGGCAGUGCUAAGCCGUGGGCUGGCCCUACCAUUUUCAAACCGCUCUUUGAUGGGAAUGAAAGAAGAUCCCUUCCCCACGCCCCCGUGCAGGCUGAGAGCGUCUCACCAGCUGGCUGCACAUGGCAAACGGGCACUGAAUACCGGCCCGGGCUGCUGGUCUCUAUUUGGAUGGGGGGGAUUGCACACCUAGUGCUAAUCUGAACAGAAGAGUUUGGGGAUUUUCAUGCUUCCUGGUCCUGUCGCCAAGCCCCAGACCGCUCGCUGAGCUACCCUGGGGCACCAGGUACCGUGCAGCGGGUCUUAAACUGGCUGGCUUUAGCCUCCUCCCUGCGCGCGGCUGGAGACGCCACGGCAACGGUGAGCGAACAGUGGCUGCUUAUGCAGCCGCAGAACCCUGCCAGCUCCCAGGGUGCCCUGCUCCGUGGCCUGGCCGAGGCGCCCAGUGACUUCAGGGAGCCAGGGCUUGCGAGGCCAAGCGACCCCCACCUUCUCGCUGUGUAAAGCAGCUGCCGAGAGGAGACCAAUGCAGAGGAGACCGGGGCCAAGGCGGGCGGCGGGGGAAAGGGGUCCAGGCCGCACGGGUCCAUCUCUUUGCCGGGGCAGCAGGACGAGAGGCCUGGUGCUGCUAUGGCUGUGCAUUUCCCGCUCCCCGGCAGCUGGAUGUGGUACACAGAUGAACUUGACACCAUCUAGUUCCACGCAGGCGUUUGCAGCUGUGGGGGAAUUCCCCUGGGUGGUGUCAAUACAGGACCUACAGCACAACCACCUGGCCUUUGGCUCCAUCCUGAGCGAGCACUGGAUCCUGAGCGCUGCAUCCAGCUUUCAGACAAGGCAUCCGGCUUUUGCCGGGGUUCGUAUAACGGAUCUGAACGUGCAGAGGAAGACCCAGCCCCAGUACUCCAUCAGCACCAUCAUUCCCCAUGAAGACUUCAACGAAAUCACGCUGGACAAGAACAUUGCCCUGCUGAAGACGGCCACCCCAGUAGAGUUCAGUGAUGCUGUUCAGCCCAUCUGCUUCCCCAGCAGGAACCUCACUGCAGCCACCCUGGAGAACUGCUGGGUGUCCGGGUGGCUACACCCCACGGCAGGAAGACGCGCAGCAGCAAGCUUUCUAAGGAAGCUCUCAGUCGUGGAUGUGGAUCCCUGCCCCUUGAAGAGAAUCGUUACCACCGAGUGCAGCAGCCACAGGGACUCCGACAAUGUGACUGGCUGUUUGGGGGACCCAGGAAACCCAGUCAUGUGCCAGGCUAAGGGAACUGGAGACUGGGUUCUGAAUGGAGUGCUGAGUCAGGGCGGCAUGAGAUGCUAUGGACCGUUUCUCUACACCAAAGUGGCCUAUUACAGCGACUGGAUUUCAGCCACAACAGCUGAUGCAGGAGUCCCCGUAUAUCCCACUUUUGCCAGAGGGCGCUCCGCUUUCCAAGCGCCGGCUGAGGAUUUGGAAGGUUCGUUUGAGCCAGCAGAGAAGGUGUUUCAAUCCUCAGUCAUCUCAGAAGCUGGGGCUGACCACGGCCAACCCAAGCAGCGACCGAAGGACAUCAAGCCCGCCCAGGAAGGGCUAGCCAGGGCUCACACCAAGUCUGACCCAGUGUACUAUGACUACUACAGUGGGGAAAUGCUCCCCAUUUCUAAGGGGAGCUUACGUCAGCCGCAGAUCCUCACGGAAAUGAGUGCUAUUUUCCUUCUGCUCGGGCUCCUCUUUUACUAG